GUUUAAAAUGGCGAGCGUUGUGAGGAGACAUCGUUCGAGAUCGCGAUCACCUGCACGAAACAGAGGAAAUCGAGACGAUCGUGAUAACGAAAGAGAACGUGAUAGGCGAAGUCAACGCAGGGACAAGCAUCUAGAAUCAAGAAAUAACAGAGUGGAUGGUGGAAGGAGGAGUCAUCAAGACACAAGUCAUGGAAGUAGAUCUGCCAGUAGAAGAGAAUGGGACAAAGAUAAGUAUCACAAUGAAAGAGCUCCUGAAGCCUCUCAUCCAGAGAGAAGAUACCACAACAGAAGGCAGGAAAGGCAACAUUCACCAACUGAGCAUCAAAGACCUGCUGAGGACAGUGGUGGACAAGAUGGAAACCUUGAACCAGAUGGUCCCAAUUACAAUCUUUCAGGAAAAUUAACAGAAUAUUCAAACACUUACAAGGGUGUGGUCAUCAAAUAUAAUGAACCCAUAGAGGCAAGGAAGCCAAGGACAAGAUGGCGUCUUUAUCCUUUUAAAGGAGAGGAGGCAAUGUCUGUUAUGCACAUUCACAGACAAAGUGCUUACUUGAUUGGAAGACAGAGACAUAUAGUUGAUAUUGCAGUAGAUCACCCAUCGUGUUCAAAACAGCAUGCAGUUCUCCAGUACAGACUAGUAGAUUAUGAAAAGCCAGAUGGUACUUCUGGCAAAAGAGUCAAACCAUAUAUUAUUGAUCUGGAAUCUGCAAAUGGAACAUUCCUCAACAACCAGAAAAUUGAGCCCAGAAGAUUCUAUGAGUUGAAAGAAAAGGAUGUUCUUAAAUUCGGCUUCAGUACCAGAGAGUAUGUGAUUCUAACGGAGAAAUCUCAGGCUGACGAUGAUGACGAUGAAGAACCAGCUGAAUGAAACAGAACACUGCGAGUGUUAAAAGAUAUUAAAUUCUUAGCUUUAUUUUUGUUCACCAUGAGAGUUCAAAAAUAAUUCAGAUAGCUCCGCCAAGCCACGAGGGAAAAAAAAGGGCCACAUUUUUGUUUUCCACAAAAGAAGGAGAAGAAGCUCAGAGGAGUAGUGUCACCGUCCAUGAACUCUCUCUGAAGAUGUUUACCAAAAUUUCUUUUUUAUCGCUUGAAGACUGAUUUCAGUUUGUCGCGGAAAAGCACAAUUUUGCGAUUGUUGUCGAAGUAGAUCUUUUUUUUAUAUAUAUAUUUACUUAGGAGUCGAGCUCUGUGAGACAUUUCCUUCACACUUAAUAGAUAAAAUAAAUAAAAAAAGGUCCGAUUAUUUCUCUCGGUAAAACGGGAAUGACGUUUAUCGCUCGUAGACAAGUGUUCGUUAUGUGGUCCUCUGUAGAGGUUGCACUUCCAAUACAGCUGGCUCUAUGUAAGUUCGCAGUCUACUUUUUAAUUUUAUGUAAAUACUCGUUCGCAUUUCAUGGGGUCGACAGGCACACCGCCUAGUUGAGAAGCAGCUUUACGACGGUGUGACUAUUUAUUCUUUAUGCGUCUACUGCCAUGUACAGGUCUGUUUCAUCUUUAUGGAAAAGAGACAACGAGCAGUGUUUAUCUCAGAAAUUAUUCCUUAUGGGCACAUUUUAGUAUUCUCUUAAAACAGUUAGUAAUAAAAGAUUAUGCUCAAGUUACAGUAAUGUUAAUGUUGAUCCUACCGAAAGUGAGGAAGUGAAGGUUUUGCUUACGACAUUGUACUUAUCAGUUUGUGUUCGUCACUUUCGCCUUUUUAUGCUUGUUAAGAAUGUUUGUCGUGCUUAAAACUAGUAGAUCAGAGAUGAUGGCUGUUGUC